UCGAUCUGCGGCCAGCACCAAAUCCUUCUACUACGCCCAUCUGCACGAUGUACUCGUCGCCAUGGCGAAGGACGUGGCGCGGCGCGCGGCCGCAAACAUCUCCGGGCCGCGGAUGCUGGCCACAGCGGAGGAGACCAACUCCGACAGCGCGGUGAGCAGAACAGUGCACGUUCUGGCGCAGUGCGGGAGGGACCGCACGGCGGCGGACUGCGUCCGGUGCUUGCAGGACUCGGUGCAGGCCGUGGACUGGGACCUCCACGCUGCUCACAGCGACGGUGGCGUGGCGGCCGCGGUGAUGGGCUUCGACUGCUACCUACGGUUCGAGGUCUCCACUGCAGUGGGUGACAACUAUGGCAGUAAUUUUAUGCUACUGGCGUUCCUCGUGAUGGAUAUGUUGGCAGGAGUCUUGUGCGCGUUUACUUGUGCUGUUGCCCCGUGAAGAAAAGAGAGAUGGAUGAAGCAGCCACAUAGGGCCAGCACGCAUGUACUAGGUUGCAAAGAUAAUCGGAGCAAGCUACAUCAACUCCGGGGCAACAAGAGGGGCGAUCAAGUGAGGCUGUGUGCAUAGGCUCAGGGCUUCAUCUUUUCUUUCGGUCACCUUUCCAUUUUUGUUAGUUGCACAAAACUAUCAUAUUCAUGGUUAGGUUUGUACGAACAGUUUUGCUAAGUCUUAAUCGACUAAGACUUCGUCAU